AUGAAAAACAUGACAUUGUGGUGUGUGCUGGUGGUAAUGAACUCUCUUCUAUGGAUGCCAGUAGAAGCAGUGGAGCUAGAGGCUCAAAGGGGAAAACAGAGCACCCCGGGGACCAGAGCCACGCCAGAGGCCAACCCGCACGACAGAGGAGACAGAGCAUUUGAAUCAGAUGAGUAUGAUGCAACCACACAGACACCAAUCCAUGACGUUCUAAACUCUGAGCCAGCACUCUCAGCUGAGUUCAAACAUAUAAACAUUCCGUACCAAGUGGUGUAUGGACGAACACGGGGUAAAAGAGCUAUACACAAAAUGUGGCGGUGGCGUGCUAGCAUGAACAUACCCGAAAUCAUGCAAAACAGAAGCAUAACAUACGGGGUAAUGGUCAUGUCACGAGAGUAUGUGCGAACCAAAUGUGUGGUGUUCGGUGUAGGCUUCUGUAUGGGUCGGGAUCUCAUCAUGGGUAUUCAGAAACGUGCGUAG